AUGUCUUCAACUUUGUCCAUGUUGAUGUGUCUAAUGUUUCCCUGUACAAUACACCCAUGGAUCGUGAAUUUAACGCAAGGUCCGGUGCAGGGGUAUUUAGAACCAGACUAUGGGAUCUAUAGCUUUUAUGGUAUUCCCUAUGCUACAGCGCCCAAGGGAAACGACAGGUUUAAGGCCCCUCUGCCUGCUCCUACAUGGAAUGACACUUUCGACGCUGUGGAUAACGAAAUAAUAUGUCCUCAAAAUGAUUUAAUGCGUAUCUCUAAACCAACAGAAACAAUUCAAGAGGAAUGUCUUAUUGCAAAUGUUUACGUACCCAACACAAACAGAACAAACCUUCCAGUACUUAUAAUUGUUCACGGCGGUGCCUAUGUAGUAGGAUGGGGAAAUAUGUUUACUCCAAAGAAAUUGGUAAAGAGUAAGGAAAUCAUCGCGGUGACUUUUAACUAUAGACUUGGACCCCAAGGCUUUCUUUGUUUAGGUACAAAGGAUGUUCCUGGAAAUGCUGGAAUGAGAGACCAAGUGGCAUUAAUUAAAUGGGUAAAGACAAACAUAGCAAGUUUCGGUGGUAAUCCUGAUGAUAUUAUAAUAUCAGGUUUUAGUUCCGGUGCAGCUUCUGUAGAUGUCUUGAUGCUAUCUAAAAUGACAAAAGGUUUUUUCAAGAAGGUAAUAUCAGAGGGUGGUGCAGGCCUCGGUCCAUAUGGUGUUCAAUUAGAUCCUAUUGAGAAUGCAAAAACAUACGCGAGAUUAUUAAACUUUACGGAUGUCGACGACUUGGAUGCUUUAGAGCGCUUCUACAAAAGCCUUGAUCCUAUCACUUUGAAUUCUGUCCAAGUUACACAUAGGAAGGACGGUGUGACACUAAUGUCACCUUGUAUAGAACUAGACUUAGGAGAGGAAAGAUUUCUUGAGGACAGCCCAAUCAAUAUAUUGAAGAGUGGUAAUUAUGAAAAAUUACCUACAUUGUACGGAUUUACCGAUAUGGACGGAUUGUUAAAGUUUCCGCAAUUUAACGAUUGGAUCGAUGAAAUGAAUACCAAUUUUUCCAAUUUCUUGCCCGCGGACUUACAUUUUAAAGAUGAAUUCGAGAAGGAAGCGGUUGUGCAGAAGAUAAAAAGUUUUUAUUUUGGUGACAAACCAGUGAGCCCAGAAUCAUCGGUGGAAUUCAUUCAUUAUUACGGAGACAUUAUGUUUUCAUGUCCGAUGCUGAGGACUGUUAAAUAUCUAGUUGAAGCUGGACAUAAACAGGUUUAUUUGUAUGAGUAUUCUUUUGUCGAAGACAGCACGCCGGUGAUACCACACUCUAACCAACGUGGUGCGAAUCAUUGUGCUCAGACGUUUAGCACUCUAGAUGGAUUUUGGAAUGAUACCUUAGUUGAUGAACAGUAUGUUUCAGCCGAUAUGAUAAAACAAAAAGAAAUAAUGAGACCUAUUUGGUUGAGCUUUAUGACAAAAGGGUAUCCUGAACUUCAGGGCUAUGAUCUGCCACAGUGGCCUCCAGUGAAGGAUGAUUGGUCUCCACAUAUGUCAAUGAACAGGACCUUUGAAUUAAUAAAUGAUUGUCCUAUAAAAGAACGCAAUUCAUUUUGGAGAAACAUAUACGAUAAGUAUUAUCGCCGCCCUAUACCACCGUCACAAACUGCAUUAAAUGUCGAGUUCACUGACCUGAGUAAUAAUACUGAGGCGAAUGAUUACCUCUGUGUUAAUAAUAAUACUGGGGUUCCUGUUAUACAACAAAAUAAUUUAUUUUGUUAUAUAUUAUUAUUAUUUAGUAUUGUACUCAGCUGUUUUAUUUUACCCUACAAGUGCUAAUAUUUUGU